AUGGGCUCCUUGAGUCCGCAAGGAUAUCGGAAUCCACUAGCAAGAAUUGCUUUUCUUCGUCACAUCAAAAUAUUCAGCAUUAUCCAAUUAUCAAUACAGCUAGUGUGUUCAAACAUGUAGAAUUAGGGCGAUACUGUUGAGCCUGCCACAUUGGCGACACCCACCAUAUCCACAAUGUUAUCACUCAUUCUUCUUCAUUGUAAAUUUUGCUUCUUCUAAAUUCGAAAUUUUUGAGUCUAUUCUGCUUUCAAUUUUUCUAUCUUUUCCUCCUUCUAUCUCCCUUGAGUUCAGAGGACUUUUGAGGGACCAAAAUGUGAACUUUUGAGCAUCUCUAUAAGAUACAUGCUGAUUCCUUUUGUAAUUAUAUGUUGCGUUCACUUGAAAUUGCCAAGGCAAGGUCCUCCUACAACAUAUGGCAAGAGUUCAUGUCAACUACAUCACAUUGCAUUCUAUCAAAAUAUAUCCCAUUGCAUGAAACUCCCAUCGAAGAGGCUUCCACAAUAUUCACCCCUAAGUCCCUGCUUAUCCAAUCGCACAUGCGCAGAUAGAUCAGGGUGUCCCUCAGUCUUUAACCCCAAUUCCCUAGUCAUAUAGGGGGAAACAUAAUUUGCACCAAUGCUGCUGCCAAUGCCAAUGUAAAUAAUGACAUCAACAAUCCUUUCGCAAACCCUGAAUCUAGUUUUCGUAGAUUUUGUGACAUUCUAGCUGAGUUAUGUGUAGUACUUGUAGAUGGAAAGCUCGUCCAAAGAUUAUCAUCUCAAGUAGAUUUUAGUGUGGCAGUCAAGUUCUAAAGAAAAUUGACAAUUUGAUUGAUAAGACUUCAUUAUUAUGAGUUAAUAAUUAGUAAAUAAUAUAAUUUAGCCUUAACUCAUAAUAAAAAAUAGACUUAUAUUUGUGUUAAAGUGUGAAAAGUUAUUUUCAAUUGGCUAAUUAUGUGAUUUUAUAUAAUUUUUUAUGAUUUUUACAAUCUUACUUUUGAGAUAAAUAAAGAAAAAGAAAUAAAAAUAAAAAUAUAGCAAAAUGAGGGUUACCUGCCAACUAGCCAGGUGCGCAAGCAGGUCGAAAGUGUAGUUGGGGAGGAGCCGCAAGCAAAGGCUCGAGUGGCUAGGACCGAUAAGGGCACAUGUAUGCCACUCCCCUUCCACGCCACUAAUAGACAGCCGACUAUGGGGCAAAGAGUAGUCAUACAUGUAGGAGAAGAGACUUGCUUGGAAAUAUAAUAUUACUAUAUAUUCAUUCAAAACUUUGGUGCACAAGUGAUGUGAGACUAAACCUGCAUCACACCUUCCUCAAAAAGGCUUCAAUGAUUUUAGUACCUAUAAUAUCUCUUAUUUAUAAUAGAGAUAUAUCAUGAUGACAUUAUUUGAUAAGGUAAUUAGAGUACUUAUUUCAAUCUCUUUCAUGUAGGCAGGCAACUGAUGCGACUUUGAAUCCUCCCAAAGCCAAAACUCAUAUUUUUUAUCUGAUUAUUGUAACUUUCCUACAGAUUACCGGUGAAGGAUUAACUGCUAUAAUUGUUGGAUCAUCGACGAAAACCUCAUCAACGUGAUUCGCGGAGUAUUGUUACUAAAAUUACUGAAUGAUUCGCGAUAAAAGGAUCAUGAAACCAUCAAGUAA